CUAACCCGGCACAGGCGGGCAUUCCUACCAGACAUGUAAAUCUUCUGCUUCUCUAAGGAUCCGAUUAUUACAGGACCAGUAACUACUGCUCGGCAUCACCACAGCAGAAUGAAGGUGAAUGGAGGGUAUGCUCAGUAUAAUCUGAAGAAGAGCUUUCUAGGAAUUGAAGGGAUGACCAGCACAGUCCUAGAGGACAGAGACCGCUUCCUAGGCCAUGUCAGGAAUCUGGCAGCUUCUGAGGAGCCCAUGAGUUGUUACGAGAGUGCGGACGAUGCCGAGUACACAAAUAACAGGUCGGCCCAUUAUUGCACUUCCAUAUCUUUUUGCCUGAAUGGGGCUCGUUCCGCCAGCCGGAUCAAGCAAGAGGGUCCCUGCGACUUCUCUCAUCUAUCGACGGGAUCACGGCACUCAGGCAGCUCAGAGUUAAGAACAUCUCUGCUUCCUGACACAGCGCUGACACACAAUGGAUUGAAACAGUGUCUGUCAUCAUACUUUUUAGACGCCACACACAGCACUUUCCCAGGCUCACUGACAGCCAGCAGCCAUUCUACCUCCGCCCAGCCUCAGCCUGGUGGAAGACGCGGAUGUUCCACUGAUAGCGCUGAAAUUUUGGGAAUUCUUCGCUCCGCUCACACAUUUUUGCCACCUUGCAUGAACACUAUUUGCAUCUCCCCUCCUAGAACGCAGUUUAAUUCUGGGGGAGUUCCUAACUGCAGCCCUCCGAAAGCGUCCCAACCGGAGGGCCUUUGUGGACUGCCCUCCUCCGCUCAGUGCUUACUCUCUAGUGCUGGAGGGUAUGAAUUGAAAUCUCCUGAGCAGGUAAAUGUGCCCUGUUCAGAGGGCAGUGCCAAUCUAUUUCUAAACACCAUUCCCAAUGACUGCAGUAAGCUCAACUUUCUGAAGCAAGAGCCAGAAGACAGCUAUCCACAAGGACUUCAUUCUCCCCUCCAUCUUACGCUCACCAUGUCCCCGAAGACGAUUUCGCCCGAUGAACAAGAUGAACUUGGCAAUGAGAGGAGACAGCUAUGCCGCUGGAUAGAUUGUAGUGCCUUUUACGAUCAGCAGGAGGAGUUAGUGAGGCACAUUGAGAAGACCCACAUUGACCAGCGCACAGGCGAGGAUUUCACGUGUUUCUGGGCUGGUUGUACAAGACGAUUCAAGCCUUUCAAUGCCCGAUAUAAACUGCUCAUUCACAUGAGGGUGCACUCUGGGGAGAAGCCAAAUAAGUGUAUGUUUGAAGGCUGUAAUAAGGCAUUUUCCAGGCUGGAAAACUUGAAAAUUCACCUGCGUAGCCACACUGGAGAACGGCCAUACGUGUGUCAACACCCCGGCUGUCAGAAAGCCUUUAGCAACUCCAGUGACAGAGCCAAGCACCAGAGAACCCACCAGGACACGAAGCCGUACGCCUGUCAGAUACCUGGCUGCUGUAAGCGUUACACGGACCCAAGCUCGCUACGGAAACACGUGAAGGCGCACACAGUAAAAGAGCAACAGCUACGCAAUAAGGCACACCAUACACUGGACGGAAAAUGGGCGAAAGCCAUCACAAAUGAUAUUAUCAAUGGCACGAGACCGUGUGACAUGCUGACAGGGUUAUACAGUCUGUGCUCUAAUAACCAGAACUUAGCAAGUCCAGGUUUACUGUCCCCUGUUUCAUCACGCUGUUCUGCAUUGGAUUCUCCUAGCAGCUGUCUGCUGUCGGUGGCUGAGAGCACUCUCGAGAGAAUGUCUCCGCAUGUUCUCAAUCAUCUUCCCAGCCCUAUGAAGUCUACUGUCUCAUCUUCAUUACUACACCGAGGAUCUUCUCCCGGUUCCCACCACAAAUCUCACCACGGACAGCAGACCUUAGUGGGGAAAAAUUACCGCACAUUUCACAGUCCCCAGAUGCAAGAAUUUCAAGGCACUUUUGUGCAGUACCCAGAAUGCUACAGACAGACACUAGAUCCAGACCGGUACCAUGGUCCAUGCACGCAGAACACAGGGUAUGAAUUCAACAAUACUAAUGCAGACGGAAAUUGUCUCCCUGAAAACGGCAGGAGUAACUGCUCCCAAGAAAGGGACUUCUUUCCGAAUGCUGCCUUUGAUCACUGUAUCCCCCAGAUUCCGUCCAUUUACACCGACACUUAGAGCCUGCCCGUCACUGGACCGCAUGAUCUACAGUCUUAUUAAAGGGAGUUUGUCACCAGGAGAUUCACUGUUAUACCAGGCACAAUGCCUUGUAAGCCAAGCUCCCCUAAAUGUUGCUUCAUUCUGGAG